AGACUUCUCCACGCCAUUGUCACCUUCAUCUCCUCCUGCUCCAAGGAUUGCACAGCCAAAGGCUCAGACCUUCACAAGCCAUGUUGUUGCUGUCCCUGCUUUUGAUGGUCUCCUGCUUCCUCCUGCCUGCAAAAGCCGAAGUGGUGCAAGACUUCAAGAAUUGCCUGGACUUCUUUCUGGAUAAGUCGCCACCUGGGGAUGCUCUAACGCCGGGCAACCCUGCUAGGAUUUGCCAGUUUUACAACAACGCCUACCAUUUUGCCACGAUGUACGAUCGAGAGAAGCGCAUCCCCAUAUACUCUGCUUACAAAUGCAAGCCCGGGCAAGGCGGCCGAUACCGCGGUUGGAUGAUUGAGCCUCAGCUUGCGGAUCCCACUUUAGGCAAGAGCAUGGAGGACGAGCGUCAAGCCAACAUUCCUGCUGAUAUGAUAAAAAAGAGCCAGGCCGUUUCUGAAGAUUACACCCAUUCCUUAAGCAUCGAAAAGGGACACUUGAACCCCGUGGGCCAUCAACCCAACGAAGAGAGUCGGGCUGCAACUUCCAGCUUGACUAACAUCGUGCCCCAGUUCAGCAAACUCAACCAAGAUGCCUGGGCGAGCUACGAAAACCGUAUCAGGAAAGAAGCUCAGGCCUGCCUUGACAUGUACGUCAUCGCGGGGGUGGUUCCGGGAAAGGAAUAUCUCUCGGACCACCGGGUCAAUAAGCCUAGCCACAUCUGGUCUGCAGCCUGCUGUGUGAAGGAUAAAAAGAAGAGGGCCUCAUGGGCGGCCAUUGCAAAAAACAGUGAGAACGAGGUGAAAGAAUGGAGCUUGGAUAAACUGCAGAAAAUUCUAGCUGAUCUCUACGGGCGGGAGAAAAUUGAUCUGUUCAAUAGCUCCUGUUAAGAGAUACCCAACUGGACAAGGGCCAGGCACAGGGAGGGCAGGGGCGUCAACAAGGUCAAGAUGGUGGCUGUGACCAUACCAUUUCCCCCCCCACACACACACACACCAAAGUAGUCCAAAUGCAGACCUCUUCAAUAGCCCACGAGUAAAUUUCUGCCCUUAAUUAGCCACUGUCCUGUAGGAGAGCAGCAGGCAGAGCUGGGGGUGGUGCAGUUAAGGAAGUCUAGAAUUGUUACGUUCCCAUAAAAUGAUCCAGGUCCUAACCCCUCUUCAAUUCCCGUUGAACUUAGGGUUGAAUUUUAGUUGACUGGAUUCUUGUGUGUAGGCUUGAGCAAUAAAUAUUCUG